UUCUCUCUCCUCCUUCCUCUUUCACGCACAAUUUUCUCUCUCCUCGUUCAAGUUUAUCUUUCCUCAGAAAAUCGAAAAUCCCAACAAAUUUGAAAGAUUUUAGAGAGAGAAACAAUACUAUGACAGUAGAAAAGCUUGAGAAAUCAAUGGCGGCAACUGAGAUUGAAGACUAGAGAAAAGACGAUGAUGAUUUGGAGGAAGGCGAGAUUAUCGACAACAACUCAAACGCCGAAAAACCCAGCAAAUCAAUCGCAACAACUCAUCCUCUUGAGAAUGCUUGGACUUUUUGGUUUGAUAAUCUUAUUGCUAAAUCGAAACAAGCUGCUUGGGGUAGCUCUAUUCGACCCAUUUAUACUUUCUCUACUGUUGAAGAAUUUUGGAGGCAAAGGUCUCCCCAACAUGAGUUCUAUUAUAAAGCAAUUUAGGGAUGUGUUCGAUUGGGUGGAUGCUAAUAGUACAGGCCAUAUAAUUCCUCUUGAAGGAGCUGAUGUCGAAUAUGAUUCUGCCAGUAAAAAGAUUGAGGAGAUUGAAUCUGAUUUGAAGAAACAUAUUUUGGAACAGAAAAAGUUACUUGGCAUCACAUCGGUAAUGGACACUUUAUUAAUUAAAAUUAUAAACUUUCUCAUCGUAUCUUAUGUGCUUCAUUAAUUUGUCUCCUUGUGAUGUCUGUAGAUUACAUAUGUUACCAUUGGAAAGGACAUAUAUCUGUUACAAAUGAGCAACUAACUAUUUUCUCAUUUGCUAAAUGAGCAAAAAAUUGAUUGU